AUGCCGUUAGGUAAAACCGCAAAGGUAGGAAUCGGUUGGGUUUUCUGUACUAUUGGUGGCUUCUACUCGUUCUAUUGGGCAAAGACUAGCAUCGAAAAGCAGCGCUAUGAGAAUAUGAAAGCUCGACAACGCAUGAGACAAGCAAACGAAGGAAUUUACGAUCCCAGCACCAGGAAGUUUUCGUCAAGUCUAUAGGACUUUACCAGCUGUUUUUUGCCCAAUACUAUAUUGAUCAAAAUGUCACACGCGGAACAACAAAAUCUCCAACUUAUCCAGGAAUUGGAAAUUGAAAUGAUGGCUGAUAUGUAUAAUCGCAUGACUGCCGCGUGCCACAAAAAGUGUAUCGCUCCGGUUUAUAAUGAUUCGGAAAUUCAAAAAGGUGAAGCCGUUUGCAUCGAUCGCUGUGUCGCCAAGUUUUUGGACAUUCAUGAACGGAUUGGCAAAAAGUUAGGCCAGCUCUCCAUGCAAGAUGAGACUUUGCUUAAAAAAUGAGUGCAGCACUUCAGUUUUAGUCGAAUUAGUCUUUUCUAGAAUUAAUUGUUACCAUUGUGUGAAAGAAUGUUGUUGAUCGUUGAGUAAUAAAGGAUUUGAUAGCGA